AUGCACGGUCCUGAACUCUCCUCAGAAUCGAGCGCUAUCACGAGACUUACACCGGACUCGGACUCCGAUGACUCCGAUCUAGAGAUUGGCGAGCUGGGCGAGAGCUUCAAGCUCCAGAAGCGAGAAAAGAGCGAGGUUGAUGGCGCAGUGGAUGAUACGGAUGAGGAGAGAUACCAUGAUGCUCCGCGGCGAAGGGCCAGUGUUUCGACAGUGCAGUCGUAUCAAUUAUAUACGCCGGACGAGGAACGAGCUGUUGUGAGGAAGUUUGAUAAGAGGCUGGUGCUGUUUGUGGCGUUGCUGUACAUGUUGAGCUUUUUGGACAGGUCAAACAUUGGCAAUGCCAAGAUUGCCGGCCUGGAAAGAGACCUCGAUCUCGAUUCGAAUAAAUUCGAUUGGGUUCUGACGGCGUUUUAUAUAGCCUAUAUUCUAUUCGAAUGGAUGAGCAUACUUUGGGAGAUUGUGCCAGCACAUAUAUACGUCACGGCCAUCGUCCUAUCUUGGGGAAUCGUUGCCUCACUACAAUCAAUUGCGACCUCAUUCGCGAGUCUCUUGGUUCUGCGAACUCUGCUGGGAAUUGGGGAAGCUGGAUUCACGGGCAUACCAUUCUACCUAUCCUUUUUCUUCAAGCGUGAAGAGCUGGCCUUCCGAACCGGGUGCUUCAUAUCUGCCGCCCCCCUUGCGACCUCCUUUGCAAGCACCUUGGCCUACUUCAUUAUCAAGCUAGGCGAAUACCUUCCGAUAGCAUCAUGGCGUCUCCUCUUCCUCGUUGAAGGCUUCCCCAGUGUCCUAGUUGCAGUCUGGUGCUGGUACAUAAUCCCCGACAGCCCCGACACAGCAACCUACCUCACGAAGCGCGAGAAAAAGGUGGCUCGCCUUCGUCUCCGAAAGCAAAAAGACCCCAAGGCCUCCCACAAACUCAACCUAAAAGAAGUCCUCGCCACACUCUCGGACCCGAAAUCCUACCUCACAGCCUUCAUGUUCUUCUUCACCAACAUGGCCUUCUCCUCCAUGCCCAUCUUCCUGCCAACUAUAAUCCACGAAAUGGGACACACAGUCCUCAUAUCCCAAGCAUUAUCCGCACCGCCCUACCUCCUUUCCUUCAUCAUCGUCAUCUUUACCGCCUACCUAUCCGACAAGAUGCAAAACCGCUCGUACUUCGUGAUCUUCCACGCCUUACUCUCCGCCUCCGGCUACGCGUUCCUGGCCCUCGCCGGUCGCUUUGGGCUCGGAAUUUGGUGGCGCUAUGUUGGUAUAUAUCCCGCUGCCAUCGGGUUCUUUUCCGUCAUCACGAUUAUUAUUACCUGGACGAUUAAUAACCAGGAGUCGGAAUCUAAACAAGGAACCGGAUUUGCGAUGUUACAGCUUAUUGGGCAGUGUGGACCGCUGGUUGGCACGAGGCUAUAUCCGGAGAGCGAUGCGCCGUUGUAUGUUAGUGGGAUGGUGGCUUGUGCUGGUGCAAUGGUUUUCGUGGCGUGUCUGAGUGUAGGGUUGAGGGUUUAUUUGGGAAGGAAGAAUAGAAUCGGAAGAGGGGAUUAUGGGAUGAUUGGGGAUGAGGGAAUGGGAUUGGUGGGGAGUAUGAGGAAGGAGAAGGAACACUUUAAGUAUAUGCUUUGA